UUUAAGAUAAGAGACGCUCUGACGUUCAUAGGAAAGGCUCUGUCUUCUAUGAAAUCUAAAACAUUGAAUUCGUGCUGGAAGCCACUAUGGCCAGAAUGCGUGAAAGCUGGUUCAACAGACCCUUCAAAUGUGGAAGAAUCAGAAAUUCUCAUUCUGGCACAUGCAAUUGGAGGGAAAGGAUUCAAAGAUAUGGAUAGUAGAGACGUUGAAGAGCUUCUUGAAGACACCGAAAUUGAAGAUGAUGAACUGAUGCAGAGUUUAGUCACAUCGGAGCCUUUAGAGGACGAUGAAGACCGGGAUAUCAAGCCAUGUGAUAUCGAAGACGGGAAUAAAUUAGCGGAUACCCUCGUAAAACAUUUUAUGGAAAAGGAUCCUUGUGUUGAGAGAGCCGUUUCAUUUCGGAAUGAUUUGAAACUGUGUAUGCUUCGCUACAAUAGAUUGAACGAAAAAACACAGCCAACAGUUAUCGAUGAAGAUGACGAGGAUUUCAGCUUACCAUUGGAACGCAGACGAUCUCGUCCGAUUUCUUCGGAUGAGGAAGAUAUCGCCACAUCAUCUAACCGCAAACAUCCACGUGUUGCUAAUGAUAGUGAUUAGAUCAAUAAAAGAAAUUCUUUUUUCCACUUGACUACAAUAAAAUUGAUUUAUGAAUACAUUGGUAAAAAUAUCAUGGUAAAAAACUAAAAAUAUGUUUAAUUAAAUUUGUCUAAA